GAUGCUGCAACAGGAGGAGCCAGAGGAUUUCGUCAUAGCGACAGGGGAGGUGCACAGCGUGAGGGAGUUUGUGGAGAAGGCCUUCGUACAUGUGGGGAAGACCAUUGUGUGGGAAGGAAAGGAUGAGCAGGAGGUCGGUCGCUGUCAGGAGACCGGGGUGGCACACGUGAAGGUUGACCCAAAAUACUUCCGUCCGACUGAAGUGGACUACCUGCAAGGCGACAGCACCAAAGCGAAUCAGAAGUUGGGUUGGAAGCCACGGGUGACUUUUGAGGAGCUGGUGAAGGAGAUGGUGGACGCUGACGUCGAGCUGAUGAAGAAAAACCCGAAUGCCUGAGUCCACCCAGCCCGUCCUCUCCGUCCACACACUUUCAAACACUCCUUUUUUUUUUUUAACCAUUGAGAGCGACAGUGGAGGGGCCGUGUUAUAUUUUUAUGACUUUUUACAAAACAUGAAGUAACCGUGUCUUUUGGUUGCCUUUGAGUCUUGUGUAUGUGUAUUUCUAGCAUCAUGACAUUUUCAUUGUAUUUCAUACGCAGGUCUGCCUUUGUUUAAUUUGAGCUCUGAUCACAUUUUAAUUUAUAGAAGUGGAACAUUUAAAGGGUUUAUUUAUGUUUCUGUUUGUUUUGAUUGCAGCUGAACUAAUUUUAGAUUUCUGAGAUGACAUUCCUUCUUGCAUAGAAUUUUAAAAAUAACAAAAGGAGGAGGUAACAUUUUAUCUUUUAUUGGAAAUAGAAAUGAGCGGGUAUCAAUGUACAAAUGAACCAUUUGGAACAAUAAAGGCUGAGCUUUGA